UCUCCCACACAAUGGGGUUUUAUCAAGUCACAAGAGAGAUGUGUUUAGCAAUGUGUUGGAAUAUAUAUGUAGCGGUUAGCGAGGCAGGUAGAGGUGUAGUGACCUUGGUGUCUGGUAACAGUGAUCACUCAAGUCACCGCAGUAGUAUGGCGACGCUGCUCAACCUCCGCUUCACAAAUACCCUACACUCUGUCUGCAGGACUUCCCUCUUCCGCCUCUUACCACCACAACUUAGAACAAUGUCCAUUAAGGUUGGAGAUGAAAUUCCCAGUGUGGAUCUUUUUGAGGAGACUCCAGCAAAUAGUGUCAACACUCGUGAUUUGUGUGCAGGACGCAAAAUCCUCAUAUUUGCUGUUCCUGGAGCAUUUACCCCUGGUUGUUCCAAGACUCAUCUCCCUGGUUAUAUAUCCCAAGCUGAUGCAAUAAAAAACAAGGGCAUUGAAGAGAUUGCUUGUGUUGCAGUAAAUGACCCAUUUGUAAUGGCAGCAUGGGGUGAAUGUAAGGGUGCAGGAGACAAGGUUCGUAUGCUUGCUGAUACCAAUGGUGAAUUUACCAAAGCAGUUGGACUUGAUCAAGAUUUGGCUGUUUUAGGGGGCUUAAGGUCAAAACGCUAUUCCAUGAUUGUUGAAGAUGGUAAAGUUGCUCAACUCAAUGUGGAACCUGAUGGAAAAGGUCUUUCUUGCUCAUUGGCUGAAAAUACUUUGGCUAAGUUGUAGAGUACUUUUCUAACUAAUAUAUCCAUUUGUUGCAAAAUUCAACAGAGAUCAUGCUUAACAAACUCUUGAAAAUAUUGGUAUUGUAGAGAUUGUAAUAAUUUUCUUCCAGUUUACAGUUUCAUCAAAGAAUGUGUGUUAUCAGCCAAUUAUACAAUGUUGUUUUCAUUUUGGCAGCUCCAUUAAAGAAUACUAGUAUCUACUAAUUGUCUACCAAAUAUUGCCUAAGCAUUUUUUUUUGGGUUGUAGAGCAAUUCAUUAGUCAUGUAUAGAUAAAUUGCUUGCUCUAUUCACUACAAAGAGUAGCUCUUUAGUGAUUGUGGCAAAUUUUGGUAUCUCUAAUGAUUCUUCUUUCAACGCUCUCGCCGUAUUCCACCGAGGCGGGGUGGCCCAAAAGGAAAAACGAAAGCUUCUCCUUUUACAUUUAGUAAUAUAUACAGGAGAAGGGGUUAUUAGCCCCUUGCUCCAUCUCUAAUGAUUAUUGUAACAAAUUUUGUUAGUGCACUUCCAUUACCAUUGAUUUUGUAUAGAUUAUUGGAACUAAUGGGGAGGUGCACAUAAUGCAAUUUUUCCUUCCUUCAGAUAUUGUCAUGCAUUGAGAAUUUUCUUCUGUCUAUUAAAUCAUGAGAUUAUUGCUUCAGUUUUAUUACAGUAUAUUUCUAAUUUUAUAAGCAAGUACGGGGCCUGCACUCUGAAGGAUGGGUGAGGGUGCUACUGUCCGGUGGUCAUUUAAAUUGGGAUUCCUAUUUACUUUUGAAAAGACAGCUUGAGAAUGAGUCUGGCUCCCAUGUCAUUGUCUGUUCAGUAACGGAACUUGGUUGAAUUGAGUAAUUGUUUAUUUGAUUCAACUGUUUUCUUUUUCUUUCCUUUUCCUUUCAUUGCCUUGCUGGAAAAAGGACACUGAAAAAGAAAAGACUGUAGGAUUCCCUUUGAACAGCAUUUUAAUGCCGUUCAGAGUGAAUUUAGUUAAAAAUUAGGAUACAGAUGGAAAAUCUUGUUUCACAAUCUCUUGGAGAUGCCAGAUCUUUCUUAAAGAACCUCGUUUCUUAAAUUAAUUAUAGUACAAUACCAUAUAUACAACAUAUCUACCUUUCAGAUGAUGGUAUACACUAGCAAGGAAUUAUUAAAUUUUAGUAUAUUUCAUAUCCCAAUAAUAAUCUCUCAUUCUUUCAGUAUUUCUUUCCAGAAAUAUAUUCGGUAUAUAAGUAAUAAGUAAUACAUAUUUUAUGAAAAAGAGGAUAAAUAAAUAUACAAGGUAUGAUGUAGCACGUAAUGAAAGUAGUUUAUUAGAUUAUGUAUUGGUGGAUAAAAGGUUGAUGGGUAGGCUCCAGGAUGUACAUGUUUAUAGAGGGGCAACUGAUAUAUCGGAUCAUUAUUUAGUUGUAGCUACAGUUAGAGUAAGAGGUAGAUGGGAAAAGAGGAAGGUGGCAACAACAAGUAAGAGGGAAGUGAAAGUGUAUAAACUAAGGGAGGAGGAAGUUCGGGUGAGAUAUAAGCGACUAUUGGCAGAAAGGUGGGCUAGUGCAAAGAUGAGUAGUGGGGGGGUUGAAGAGGGUUGGGAAUAGUUUUAAAAAUGCAGUAUUAGAAUGUGGGGCAGAAGUUUGUGGUUAUAGGAGGGUGGGGGCAGGAGGAAAGAGGAGUGAUUGGUGGAAUGAUGAAGUAAAGGGUGUGAUAAAAGAGAAAAAGGUAGCUUAUGAGAGGUUUUUACAAAGCAGAAGUGUUAUAAGAAGAGCAGAGUAUAUGGAGAGUAAAAGAAAGGUAAAGAGAGUGGUGAGAGAGUGCAAAAGGAGAGCAGAUGAUAGAGUGGGAGAGGCACUGUCAAGAAAUUUUAAUGAAAAUAAGAAAAAAUUUUGGAGUGAGUUAAACAAGUUAAGAAAGCCUAGGGAAAAUAUGGAUUUGUCAGUUAAAAACAGAGUAGGGGAGUUAGUAGAUGGGGAGAUGGAGGUAUUGGGUAGAUGGCGAGAAUAUUUUGAGGAACUUUUAAAUGUUAAGGAAGAAAGGGAGGCAGUAAUUUCAUGCACUGGUCAGGGAGGUAUACCAUCUUUUAGGAGUGAAGAAGAGCAGAAUGUAAGUGUGGGGGAGGUACGUGAGGCAUUACGUAAAAUGAAAGGGGGUAAAGCAGCUGGAACUGAUGGGAUCAUGACAGAAAUGUUAAAAGCAGGGGGGAUAUAGUGUUGGAGUGGUUGGUACUUUUGUUUAAUAAAUGUAUGAAAGAGGGGAAGGUACCUAGGGAUUGGCAGAGAGCAUGUAUAGUCCCUUUAUAUAAAGGGAAAGGGGACAAAAGAGACUGUAAAAAUUAUAGAGGAAUAAGCUUACUGAGUAUACCAGGAAAAGUGUACGGUAGGGUUAUAAUUGAAAGAAUUAGAGGUAAGACAGAAUGUAGGAUUGCGGAUGAGCAAGGAGGUUUUAGAGUGGGUAGGGGAUGUGUAGAUCAGGUGUUUACAUUGAAGCAUAUAUGUGAACAGUAUUUAGAUAAAGAUAGGGAAGUUUUUAUUGGAUUUAUGGAUUUAAAAAAAGGCAUAUGAUAGAGUGGAUAGAGGAGCAAUGUGGCAGAUGUUGCAAGUAUAUGGAAUAGGUGGUAAGUUAUUAAAUGCUGUAAAGAGUUUUUAUGAGGAUAGUGAGGCUCAGGUUAGGGUGUGUAGAAGAGAGGGAGACUACUUCCCGGUAAAAGUAGGUCUUAGACAGGGAUGUGUAAUGUCACCAUGGUUGUUUAAUAUAUUUAUAGAUGGGGUUGUAAAGGAAGUAAAUGCUAGGGUGUUUGGGAGAGGGUGGGAUUAAAUUAUGGGGAAUCAAAUUCAAAAUGGGAAUUGACACAGUUACUUUUUGCUGAUGAUACUGUGCUUAUGGGAGAUUCUAAAGAAAAAUUGCAAAGGUUAGUGGAUGAGUUUGGGAAUGUGUGUAAAGGUAGAAAGUUGAAAGUGAACAUAGAAAAGAGUAAGGUGAUGAGGGUGUCAAAUGAUUUAGAUAAAGAAAAAUUGGAUAUCAAAUUGGGGAGGAGGAGUAUGGAAGAAGUGAAUGUUUUCAGAUACUUGGGAGUUGACGUGUCGGCGGAUGGAUUUAUGAAGGAUGAGGUUAAUCAUAGAAUUGAUGAGGGAAAAAAGGUGAGUGGUGCGUUGAGGUAUAUGUGGAGUCAAAAAACGUUAUCUAUGGAGGCAAAGAAGGGAAUGUAUGAAAGUAUAGUAGUACCAACACUCUUAUAUGGGUGUGAAGCUUGGGUGGUAAAUGCAGCAGCGAGGAGACGGUUGGAGGCAGCGGAGAUGUCCUGUUUAAGGGCAAUGUGUGGUGUAAAUAUUAUGCAGAAAAUUCGGAGUGUGGAAAUUAGGAGAAGGUGUGGAGUUAAUAAAAGUAUUAGUCAGAGGGCAGAAGAGGGGUUGUUGAGGUGGUUUGGUCAUUUAGAGAGAAUGGAUCACAGUAGAAUGACAUGGAAAGCAUAUAAAUCUAUAGGGGAAGGAAGGCGGGGUAGGGGUCGUCCUCGAAAGGGUUGGAGAGAGGGGGUAAAGGAGGUUUUGUGGGUAAGGGGCUUGGACUUCCAGCAAGCGUGCGUGAGCGUGUUAGAUAGGAGUGAAUGGAGACGAAUGGUACUUGGGACCUGACGAUCUGUUGGAGUGUGAGCAGGGUAAUAUUUAGUGAAGGGAUUCAGGGAAACCGGUUAUUUUCAUAUAGUCGGACUUGAGUCCUGGAAAUGGGAAGUACAAUGCCUGCACUUUAAAGGAGGGGUUUGGGAUAUUGGCAGUUUGGAGGGAUAUGUUGUGUAUCUUUAUAUGUUUAUGCUUCUAGACUGUUGUAUUCUGAGCACCUCUGCAAAAACAGUGAUAAUGUGCGAGUGUGGUGAAAGUGUUGAAUGAUGAUGAAAGUAUUUUCUUUUUGGGGAUUUUCUUUCUUUUUUGGGUCACCCUGCCUCGGUGGGAGACGGCCGACUUGUUGAAAAAAAAAAAAAAAAAAAAAAAUGAGAUCUGUAACAAUACUGCAUUUAGGUGUAUUUUUCUUGAUUUGUUUCUGUAUGCAAUAAUUAUUGGACCCAGACAUUAAGGUUGGAAUCAUUGUGUGUGUGUGUGUGUGGGGGGGGGGGGGGGAAGAAUAAAGAGAGAAUAUAUACUACGAAAAAAAUACUCAUUUUCUUUUGUACGGUACUAUCAUCACUGUGUAUUAAUGUUCAAGAUAUUACCAAAGUUAUCAUUUUGCUUAAUGUAAAUAUUGCCAAGAAUAGUCUUGAAAAGUUAUUGUUAUUCCAUGGCUUCUUGUGGAAGACAUCAUUCUGAUCUGUCUUUUAGAAAUGUUGCUUUUUGUAUAUUGAUUUCUAUAGAAUGAUGUUGACCAUGUAUCUGCAGGAAGAGAUUUGUCAUAUUAAACUGACCAUGGAGCUUCUUUAGAGUUAAAUACGAGUUUUUUUUACUUUUGUACCUGAGGGAAAUUUAUCCUGGAAACUUGCCUUACUAUGUACAAAAUCAUAUUACAUAAUAUGCUUAAAACUGGAUAAAGCUCACCUGGUACUAAAAUUUCUUUUGUGAAAUGAAGGACCGUGUUCUGUAGUAUUCUGUUAAUAAAGAUUGAUUCCAGUU